UAUCGAAUAAGACGUGUCGCGUUACGAUUUAUUUUAUAAAUAGUUUUGUCUUUUAAAAUUAAAAAACAAUAAUUGUUUUUCAUAAAUCAGUUUUUUUUAUACUUUUCAAAAUGAAGUUUUUAUUGACUUUUAUGUUUUGGUUGUUCUUAUUGUGUGCAAAUAUUUCCGCUGAAUGCCCCUGGGUAACGACUGAUGAGUUGGAAAAUCACAUCAGCCCUGAGGACAUUGAAGAAUUUCUAAAUUGGCACAAGAAGCAUGAGAGAACAAACACGUCUACUGAUGAUUAUGGUUCAGUGGAACCAGUAACCGACUUCCCGGAAUCAGAAGAAGUGGAUUGUUUCGGGUUGGGUUCGUUCGCCAGCCAACUGAUCAAUAUGCAGCCGGACUCCUCGGAGAACAUCAAUACACACUUCUACUUCUCUUCUCGACAAAAUCCAAAAAGAGUUCAGGUUUUUCCUGGAGAUCAAUUUGGUCUGGAAUGGGUAGAUUUCAAGCCGAAUAGAAAGACUGUUAUGAUUAUACACGGUUUUAUGAGCCACAGCAACGCUAGCUGGGUGAUAGCUAUGACUAACGCCUUUUUACAGUGGGGCGAUGUUAAUGUCAUAGCUGUCGAUUGGAGUCAAGGAGGAAAUACUUGGAAGUACUGGCGUGCUGUCGCAAACACCAGGACAGUAGGCGGCGAUGUUACCGGGUUUAUGCAGCAACUGAUCAAGGAAACGGGAGCAAAUCCCAAAGACUUCCAUUUUGUAGGCCACAGCCUCGGCGCGCACAUUGUCUCCUACGUGUCUUACCAUUUGGGUCGCGUUUCUAGGAUUACUGGUCUAGACCCGGCGCAACCCUGCUUCCGCACGAACAAUCUGGUGGAGCGAUUGGACGCGACUGAUGCGGACUUUGUUGACGUCAUACACACCAACGGUCGACUACUCUCUAAGAUUGGAUUCGGAUUUCCUGACCCUACUGGUCAUGCGGACUUCUAUCCCAACGGUGGCAUGAAGCAGCCCGGAUGCUUCAACACGACUAGCUCCCUCUGGGCUCGUCUCUUGCCUAUUCCAGUCGGAAUACUCCAGCAAGCUGUGUGCAGUCACGGCCGAGCGUACUUGCUGUUUAUUGAGUCCUUGGUCAACAACAACUGUUCAUUCAGAGGACAUCAGUGGAAUUUGACUUAUGAAGGUGUGAACGCUAGUAUAGUGGCGGCUUGCGACCGCGCGGGCGCCUGCUCAGAGAUGGGAAUACGUGCGGUGGGCGGCCGCGGCCUGCCGAGAGCCACUGGGGCUUAUUUCGUACUUACAACCGCUACCGAACCCUAUUGUCCGACAGAUUGGGAGCGACGUCACCCGGUGCCGGAGUUGUUACGCGACUUGCGCGAAGGGUUCCGUCUCGACCGCUCCGUGCAGGCGGCGACGGAUCCGUACGCGGACCCCAUGGCCACUGAACCUCCACCUACCAAAUCUUCUUUCUUUGGCUGGUUGAAAAAUUUAUUCGGUUAACGUUCGGUAAACACUAACAUUAAAAAAA